UAAACAACACGCGUCGCGUGUGUUGUGUGUGAUAGGAGGGUGUCACGUCAGUGCAAUGGGAUGUUUCCGAAUCUCUGCUUUUAAAGGACGACUAUUAGAUCACGGUUUGUUAAAAAGCGACAUCCCACGGUGCAAACCCAAAUAUUUAUCGGACUGCAACUUGUUUCAUGGACUGAACAUGGGUUAGACGUGGGUGAGACGGUUUUGUUUGAAACUCCGAUCUGUCCGCGUGAAAUGAAUCGAGAUUUUCACUGGCGUCUCACAUAAGAACAACAAAAUGAAAAGUAGGACGGUGAGAGAGACGGAGACUGAUGUGUAUGAUUGAUUUGUUGAGUUUAUUUGAUCUGUGUGGUGUUAAGAGAUGAUAGCGGAGCUCGUGUGCGGUGCUGUGGCUCUGCUCCUCUACAUGAACACAUUGAGCGCUGAUUUCUGCUAUGAUGACAGCCGAGCUAUCAAAACCAACCAAGACUUGCUACCAGACACUCCUUGGACGAAUAUCCUAUAUGAUGAUUUUUGGGGCACUCUGCUUACCCACAGCGGCAGCCACAAGUCCUUCCGGCCUCUCUGCACCCUCUCUUUCCGCCUCAACUACAUACUGGGCGGCCUGGACCCUUGGGGCUACCACUUGGUCAACGUGGGCCUGCACUGUUGCGUCACUGCACUUUUCACUGCGUUCUGUCGCCCCCUGCUGGGGGGAGGACCAUGGAGCCUGUUGGCAGGGCUGCUCUUCGCAUCGCAUCCCAUACACACCGAAGCGGUAGCUGGGGUGGUGGGGCGAGCGGAUGUGGGUGCAGCGUUUUGCUUUUUGGUGUCUCUGCUGUGUUACGCCCGGUACUGCCAUCUUAGGCCCUUCGUUGCGCACUCAAGCGGGGCCGCUUGGAGGGCCGGGCUAUGGAUGGCCGGGAGUUUGGGGGCUGCCGCAGGUGCUUUGCUGUGGAAGGAGCAGGGACUGACUGUUUUGGCAGUGUCGGCGGUUUAUGACCUCUGUGUUGUACAUCGAUCGCGGCUUCAGCAAGUGAUACUGAUGGUGCUCAAGAGGAGGAACAUUAGCUUGCUGGUCAGUCUGGUUUGGCUGGUCGGUUGGGGGAUGAUUCUUCUAACAGCCCGAUUUUAUUGGAUGGGCAGCAAACCACCAAACUUCUCCAAUUCGGAUAACCCGGCUGCCAACUGUCCUCAUUUACUCACCAGAGCGCUCACCUUCCUGUACCUACCUGCCAUCAACGCCUGGCUCCUCCUUUGCCCCGACAGACUCAGCUUUGAUUGGUCUAUGGAUGCCGUUCCUCUGCUCAGAACCAUUGCCGAUUGGAGGAACUUUCAGUCUUGUUUGUUUUACGCAGGAUUUGCUCUCCUGGCGUGGUUUGGCCUGAGAAGCCCACCGCUACAGUCCGCUACAGUCAAUGGAAAAUCACACAUAAGCAACGGAAAGUCGCUCACUAAUGGACACACUAAUAAUCGCCAUUAUAAUACCCUACUCCAAGACACAGAGACCACAUCUAUAGACUCUCCCAGGAGAAAUGGUUAUCAUAAACCUCAUUCCCUCAGCAUCAACACCCCUCAAAAAUCUCUACCAGCUACGGAGAACGUGGUUAUCUUUGCACUCGGGAUGCUGGCAUUGCCCUUCGUUCCUGCCACCAACCUGUUCUUCUACGUAGGUUUUGUGGUGGCCGAGCGGGUGCUCUACAUUCCCAGCAUGGGCUUCUGUCUGCUCGUGACCGCGGGGUUGAGGAGCGCAUUCACGCGCUGUAGGUCGAAGACCUCCAAAGCUGUUUUGUUGAGCUGUGCCGCCGGUCUGAUCCUUUUUUACAGCCUGAAAACUGUGAGGAGGAACCAGGACUGGCAAACUGAGGAGAUGCUCUACAGAUCUGGCAUUUCUGUAAACCCUGCCAAAGCUUGGGGCAACCUGGGUAACGUCCUGAAGAACCAGGGAAAGAUGACUGAGGCGGAGAAGGCGUAUAGAAAUGCACUUUAUUACCGGGGCAACAUGGCCGACAUGCUGUACAAUCUGGGUUUACUACUGCAGGAGAGAGAACAAUUAUCUGAAGCGUUUCAUUACUAUAAACUGGCCAUCGGGAGCAGACCAACCCUGGCCUCUGCGUACUUGAACAUGGGCAUCAUUCAGGUGUCCCAGGGGAAUAUCGAAGAGGCCAAGCGCACCUUCCACACCUGUGCCGAUAUCCCAGAUGAGAACUUAAAGGAUCCUCAUGCGCACAAGAGCUCGGUCACCAGCUGCUUGUAUAACCUGGGCAAACUACUUUACGAGCACGACCAGCACGAGGAGGCCCUGUCUGUAUAUAAAAGGGCUGUGCUGAAGAUGCCUCAACGUUUUGCACCCCAGAGUCUGUAUAACAUGAUGGGUGAGGCCUAUAUGAGGCUGAAUAAUCUAGAAGAAGCUGGGCAUUGGUACAGGGAAUCUCUGAAGGCCAAACCCGACCACAUUCCAGCGCACCUGACUUAUGGAAAACUGCUGUCUGUUGUGGGUCAAAAGUCUGAAGCCGAGCGUUAUUUCCUAAAGGCCAUCGAGUUGGACCCUACUAAGGGAAACUGCUAUAUGCAUUACGGUCAGUUUCUGUUGGAGCAGUCUCGUAUGGGCGAGGCCGCAGUGAUGGCGGAGAAAGCUGCCGUGCUGGACGGGUCUGAGUUUGAUGUUGUGUUCAGCGCCGCUCAUAUGCUCAGACAGGCGAAUCAGAAUGAAGCAGCUGAAAGGUAUUAUGGGAAGGCCGCAGACCUGAGACCUGAUCAUCCAGCUGCUCUAAUGAAUCUUGGUGCCAUUCUCCACCUUAAUGGGAAACUAAAGGAAGCAGAAAGCAACUAUCUCCGUGCACUUCAACUCAAACCCGAUGACCUCAUCACUCAAUCCAACCUACAGAAACUCUGGAACGUCAUGCAGAAACAGGACCUACGAACCACCGGAUCAUGAUCUUCUGCUGGACACUUUCUUCAUAUUUGAUCUGUGAGGAUUGGACUUUAUUUGAUCUUGGUCCCUCUGAUGAUACCAAAAGCUUGAUGAGGUUAAUUUAAAGGUGACGUCUCUUUAAAGCUAAGGCAAGGCAAAGACUGUAAUAGGUUACUUUCCUAACCAGGAAAUCAAGAGAAGUAUUAAUACUGGAUUUCUUUCUUUCUCCUGAGAACACUGAACAAGAUGAUUUAUUGAUUCUCCUCAAUGCAGGAUGCAGGAGAGUAAAUUUGCUACCUUUAACUCGUUGUAUUUGAAGUUGAGACCUUGAAUAUCUUUUUAAUAUUGAAAUGGCUCAAAUAUGUUGUUUAUUUGCAUUCAUGCUUGUAUUUAAAUGUCUGCUCUUAAUUUAUUGUCAACAAUAAAUCAGUUUUAAUGGCUGUUCAAAGAAUUCACGGAUAACUCCGCCCUCACUUUUCUUAAGAAGCAAUGUUGUUGAAUGUCAUUUGAGUGUUUAGUGUCAAACUUUUUAAAUAAAACAUUUUAUACCACAAGGAAAA